AGAGCCCCAGGGUAAAACUAACCCUGACGGGCGCUGGCCCACGGUUGUUCCCCUGCUAGGGCUCUGGACUCGCCCUUUCUCCUCGAAGGCCAACGAGUUGCCCCUGCGCGCCGAGGCCCCGCCCCGCGGCCCGCCGAUUGGCUCCAGCCGCCCCGGCGCCAAGACUCAAUUCCACCCCAAGCGCCCAGGCCACGCCCCCCUGUCAAGCGCCCUGGAAACUUCGUGAGUUUGGGUAUUGUUGUGUCCAAUAACCGGACUCAGAAGGGACUUCCCUGCUCGACUGGCUCUCAGUUUCUCUGCUCACCUCUGGAUAAAUUACGGGGUCUCCCGCGCCGCGCAUGGCGCCUCCCGUCCUUCUCGAGCGUCCCUUUCCUUCCCGGAGCUUUCCUGGGUUGCUUCUGGCGGCCCUGGUGUUGCGGCUGUCCUCCUUCUCCGGAAAAACAUGUCCAUAUAUAGGGGAUCCUUUGCAUGGCCAAGCAGUCCUUGCAAAUGGUACUUAUGAGCUUGGUUAUCAAAUACACUUUAUUUGUAAAGAAGGUUAUUACUUAAGUGGUAAAGAAAUUCUAUAUUGUGAACUUAAAGGAUCAGUAGCAGUUUGGAGCAGUAAGUCCCCAAAAUGUGAAAAGGUUUUGUGUACACCACCUCCAAAAAUAAAAAAUGGAAAACACACCUUUAGUGAAGUAGAAGUGUUUGAGUAUCUUGAUGCAGUAACUUACAGUUGUGAUCCUGCACCUGGACCAGAUCCAUUUUCACUUAUUGGAGAGAGCACGAUUUAUUGUGGUAACAAUUCAGUAUGGAAUCCUGGUGCUCCAGAGUGUAAAAUGGUCAAAUAUUGAUUUCCAGUAGUCAAAACUGGAAAACAGACAUUAGUAUGUGGGAAAAAAAAUUACUACAAAGCAACAGUUACGUUUGAAUGCGAAGGGUUUUACCUCAAUGGCAGCGAAACAGUUGUCUCUGAGAGUAACAGUACUUGGGAUCCCCCAGUUCCAAAGUGUCUUAAAGAUACAAAGGUGAUCUUUUUCCGUCUUGGUUUGUUGUUGUUGUUGCUGUUCAUUUUAGACUUUAUUUCUUUAAUAUUAACUAUCAGUCAUACAGAAUAACUGAAAAGAAACAAUUUUAGCAUUUAACUCU